ACAGGUCUCAGCUAACUGGACGCAACGGCCUCUCUUAGCCAGAAGACUUUAUUCAGCCAAAACAAGCCAACUUAUAUUAUAUUAAUAGUGCCUUCGCCAGUCUGUCCACGACCACUCUGAUAAUCAUCAAAUGAAAUUCUGAACAGGGCAAUUUAUUUUAACUUUAUUCUAAAAUGGGUCGGAGCUUGGAAUACGAAAACAGUGAGCACCCAAUGUGUAUUUCCUAAUUAAACAAUUUUCUGUUUCCAAAAAAAUACCACCGGAAUUGGAUUGAGAGUGUGAGAGCAUAACCAUCACUUUGUGAGACGUCCGCUGGAGUAGGCGAUGUUAUGAUGCGGCUCUCAGAACCGCCCUGAAGAGAGGGGUUAUCGAUUUGACUGAUAAGGAGAAUAUUUAAAGGGCGGGGGAAUUUGGCUUUUUCCAACUUGCCAAAAGGCGAACUGCGGAGCCCGGCGGCCCGGGAGGAGAGCCUUUAGAUAGAAGAGGCUGGACUGCACAGCCGAAGGAGCUUUCGGCAUGUUGCUGAGCGUCUGCGUCGCAAUUAGCCUGACGCAUAUUCUGUUUGCAGUUGGGGCGCUGUGCUUUCCGCUACCCCAUGCAGCAGGACCGCACAUAGCCAACGGCUGGGGGGACCCAGUGCGCUUCAGACAUCUGUACGCGGCUAGGCAGGGACUGCAUCUACACAUAAACGCGGACGGGAAAGUGUACGGAUCCGCUUCCCAAAGUUCUUACAGUCUGCUGGAAAUUCGAUCAAUCGAUACAGGCUUUGUUGUUAUGAAAGGAGUAACAAGUUCAAAAUAUCUGUGCAUGGAAGAGACGGGAAACAUGUAUGGAUCUGCCACCUAUGUGGGAGACGACUGCUACUUCCUGGAACGCGUCCUGUCCGACGGGUACAGCGUCUACUUCUCCGGCAGGCACGGGGCCGCCGUGAGCCUGAGUGCCGACCGGCAGCGGCCGCCGCUCCCGGGGAAGGCCCCGCCCUCUCCGGCGCAGUUCCUGCCCAUGGCGAGCACCCCUUCCACGCUGCCGCCGCCAGACGCCCGUGCGGGGGACCCGCUCUCCGACCCCCAGCAGGGGGCCUCGCCUGCUCUUGAGCUCGAUAGCAUGGACCCCUUCGGGAAACUGUCCCAAAUGUACAUACAGAGCCCCAGUUUCAGUAAGAGAUAGGUCGUUCUGCGUGUCCUCUGGGGGGAAACGGAGGAAUUGUCCUGUGGGCCCUCCCCUCUGAGCUCUGGCCACGACACGUGGCAUGAACAACUGGAGUGCAAGAGCUAGACGAACUACGAAACGGUGACAUGUAUUUCUUUUGUAAUUAUCUCCACGGAAAUGCACAAUCCUGCAGCACGAUGCGAUUCACCACUCCAGACAAACAGACUCAACAGGAUUAAUGUAGUAAUAAUGCACAAGGGAUGUGUUUAAUGAUAGUGAACACUGUUCUACCAAUAAUGGACAAGGGAUGUGAUUAAUCAUACUGAACACUGUUGUAGUAGUAAUGCACAUGUGAUGUGUUUAAUCAUAGUGAACACUGUUUCAGUAAUAAUUGACAAGAGGUGUGUUUAAUCAUUGUAAACAUUGUUCUAGCAAUAAUGGACAAGGGAUGUGCUUAUUAAUAGUGAACACUGUUACUGCUGUAGUAAUAAUGGGCCAGAGACGUGUUUAAUCAUAGUGAACACUGUUGCGCAAAUGAUGGGCAAGAGAUGUGUUUAAUCAUAGUGAACACUGUUACUGUUGUAGUAAUAAUGAACAAGGGAUGUGUUUAAUCAUAGUGAACACUUACUGUUCCAGUAAUAAUGCACAGGGGUUGUGUUUAAUCAUAGGGAGCACUUAUAGCAAUAAUGGACAAGGGAUGUGUUUAAGCAUAGUGAACACUGUUACUGUUAUAGUAAUAAUAAAUAAGGGAAGUGUUUUAUCAUCUUGAACACUGUUGUAGUAAUAAUGCACAAGGGAUGUAUUUAAUCAUAGUGAACACUGUUGUAGUAAUAAUGCACAACGGAUGUGUUUAAUUUUAGUGAUCACUGUUGUAGUAAUAAUGGACAAGGGAUGUGGCUAAUCAUAGUGAACACUGUUGUAGUAAUAAUGCUCAAGGGAUAUGUUUAAUCUUAGUGAACGAUAUUUGGUCAUGCACUUGCUUAAUGAUUUCUUUCAUUCAGAUGUUUCUUGUUGUGAUAUUCUUUGAGAGAAUUAUGGAGCCUGUCAGGCACUGCUGCUAUAUCCACUAUUGUGGGCAUUUCUAAAAUUAUUGUUUUUGCUGUCUUUAUUGUAUCUAGUGGUAUCUAUAACAUGAUUUCACAUGUGCUAUAUUUUAUAGAGAAUGUAUUUUUAUCAGUUUGUAAAUAACAUUUUGCCAAAUGUUCUUAUUUUUUUAAACCCUUUAAAUAAUUGUGUUGACAAAUGAUAUAUAAUAAAAUCACUUUACACAA